AUGAGCAACCAAGUCGCGAUUUCCGCAAUUUCGACCAUUGUCCUUCCAUUAUUUAAAAGGAGACCGUCAUGUGUAACUUCGGGAACCAGAUUUUUUCUUUUAGCGCCUCACAUAAUGCGAGAUUUGAAAACUUUGUGUAUUAGAAAGUCAAUGUUCUCGUGUAAGAAUUAUCAAUAUCGGUGUUACUUUCCCGACGCUGUCGGUACUAGGACACUAGGUCUUAAUCGUUUUCGACACCUGGUCAAAAAAAAUAAAAUAUCGACACUAUCAAAGGAUGACUAUCAACACAAGAAUUUGAGCGUGACUGAACGUUUUAAAUUUUUGACCAAGAAAUAUGGUGCUCCAGCAAUAACCAUAUACACCAUUAUUUCAACUCUAGAUUUAGGAUUGACAUUCAUUCUGAUUCAGGCCGGUGGCGCGGAUCGGGUAAAAAAAGUUGAAGAUUGGUUUAAAGAAACAUUCAAAGGAUUGAUUACCUUAAAAAAAGAAGAAAAAACCUCUGAUAAAAAGGAGGUGAAACACGACAAAAAUUUACCCUCCAAAAAUGAUGGAAAUAUCAGUCGUCAAUCGCCGUCUUGGACGAGCACUUUUGUAAUUGCUUAUGGCAUUCACAAGCUCUUGGUUCCUUUUAGGUUAGGAUUGACAGCCGCAUUAACUCCUCCAGCAGUUAGGAAAUUGAGGCAAAUGGGUUGGAAACAAAUCUAA